AUGGCUACCAAAUUUAACGGUGAUCCCCUUCCGCGUUUUGAGAUGAAACCUAAACCUAAAGCUCAUGAUGAUGACGAGGCAACACUUAGACUUAAAUCUAAAAAUGUACAUGUCAUAUGGGAUUGGAACAACGCCCCGAUUCCCUCUGGAUACGACAUGUCAACUCUGUUUACUAAAAUCCAACAAGGAUUACAGACGCUUGAUCCUGCUCUGACCAUCAACACCGUGGUGGCUUCUGGUGAUCUCUACAUGUUAGACAUCAACGAAGCAGACGCUGAAGCUAGGUACCAGAUUCUCGACAAGGAUGACCGUGUUAAAACUUUCAACGUUCCAUCAAGAGAAGUAACUUGCGACGCCUGUCGGAAAAGUUUUCCACGUUGCAACCAUGAAGAGGAUGAUGAAUAUACGAGACAUGCGAUUUUAGCACGGGAGAUGAUGAUUCUUAAUUUCAAUCAUCCACCUCCUUGUUAUCUUCUCCUCAUAUCUGGUGAUAAGAAGUUUGACACUUCUUUGAGUUUCAUGGCCAGCCGUGGAUAUAAGGUUUUGCUCUCUUCUCCAGAUGGCGACACUUCCCUCCGACAGCAUUCACAAGAGUUUUGGUUGUGGCAGAAAUUGAUCCUAGGAGAAGGGCCUUCAACUCAAGAGAGCAAGUGA